AUGAAGUUAUCGGACAGCCCGGUUCCGGAAGUGUUGACAACGCAUCUUUGGGUGCUGGUUUGUCUCUCAGCAGUGCUUUGUCUGUGCAUUAAAAACAAGUUUCACCAUGGCCUUCACAAGUAUCCUGGACCUUUUCUUGCGUCGUUUACAGACUGGUGGAGAUUCUGGGAUGUCUACCGGCGAAGGCCAGAGGUGACCCAUUUGAGGUUGCAUAGGAAGCAUGGUGAUGUUGUCCGACUAGGACCCAACUACUUAUCCUUCGCCAACCCAGACGCCUUGAAGGCAAUCUAUGGCCUAAAUAAAGGGUUCAUCAAAUCCGACUUCUACCGGGUACAACAACCCAUCGCACAAGGCCAUCCCCAGCCAUCACUUUUCAGCACCACAGAUAACACCUUCCACGCUCAAUUCAGAAGAUGUGUCAACUCCGCAUUCUCAAUGACCGCCCUUGUACAGUACGAACCUGCUGUCGAUAACACGACAAGGCUGUUUCUAGAUCAAACAGAGAAACUAUUCGCAGCCAGAGAUGUGCCUUGUGAUUUCACAGAGUGGUUACAGUUUUACGCGUUCGAUGUAAUAGGAGAGAUUACAUACGGCAAACGACAUGGUUUCGUGGCCCAGAAUGAGGAUGUUGAUGGCAUCGUCGAAUAUCUAGGCAAGCUGUUCUUGUACGUCGCUCCGGUCGGCCAAAUCCCUUUUUUGGACAAGUUACUUCUUAAGAAUCCUAUUUAUCUCUUUCUCUCCAAUCUCAAGAUUAUUGACUCAACGUUUCCUGUUGCUCGGUUUGCAGUAGCUCGAAUGAGGGAGCGCCUUGACGGUACCAGCUCGCAACUUUCGUCGCCAAAGCCAGUAGCAGGAACCCAACGCAUGGACCUUCUGUCCAAAUUCAUUGCCGCGAAGGAAGCCCGACCAGAGUUCAUGACAGACAGGCUUGUUCAAACGAUGGCAGUCAGCAUGGCUUUUGCCGGUAGUGAAACCACAGCAAUUACCCUUUCGGCAGUGUUUUACUACCUCCUUCGCAAUCCUUCGGCGCUGCAGCGACUCAGAGAUGAGCUCGAUGAGUUCACCAGGCGUGGGGUCUUUUUAGAUACCACGACAGGUCUGGUGACAUGGGCGGAGGCGCAGCAGCUCACAUACCUCGAUGCUUGUAUCAAGGAAGCGUUCAGGAUGCAUCCAGCUCCUGGGCUGCCCAUGGAGCGCAUCGUUCCAGAACCUGGUGUUGAAAUCGCUGGGCAUUACGUCAAGGGCGGGACCAUCGUCGGAUGUUCUGCAUGGGUCAUCCACCGCCGCCCCGAGAUCUUCGGCGAGGAUGUAGAUGUCUAUCGCCCGGAGAGGUGGUUGGUGGAGGAAGGAUUGGAGGAUGAGGAGAGGGCCAGAAUGGAGGAGAAGAUCAAGAAGAUGAAUGCAAACAUGGUACAGUUCGGUAUGGGAAGUCGAACAUGCAUUGGCAAGAAUAUCAGUUUGCUCGAGGUGUACAAGCUUGUUCCAAGCCUGCUUCGCAGGUUUGACAUACGCUUUGAGGAUCCCAAAGAUGAGUGGCAUCUGACUAACGCUUGGUUCGUCAAACAAAGCAAUUUCUUUGUCAGGUUUUCGAGCAGGAUAGAUAAGAUGUAG